UCUCACGCGAGGCAUGUGAUUACAUAUCACCAGCAGUGUGCGACAGAGACAGGUAAGAUGGCGGCGCAGGAGAACGAACCCACUGAUCAAACUGCCGUUAGCAACGGCGAGGUGAGCAGUAAUGGCGGGGCUGCUGCUGACCAGGUCGCACAGACGGCUGAAGCUGGACAGGAUCCCCAGCCGCAGCCGGCUCCGAACGCGUGGCAAGUCAUCAAGGGUGUUCUCUUCAGGAUCUUUAUCAUAUGGGCCAUCAGUAGCUGGUUCCGUCGAGGCCCUUCAACUCCAGAUCCCAACACUCCGGCUGGGGCACCAAGAGUCCCCAGCCGUAACCUUUUCCCCAAGGAUACCCUAAUGGAUCUCUAUGUAUAUCUCUCUAAAGAUGAGAUAUUUACGGAAUUCAACGACACACAAUCAUUAUUCUGGUUCCAGCAAGAUCUAGUCUAUGGAGACUGGAGUACAGGAGACCAAGGGUGCUAUGAACAUGACAAGGAACUGGAUAUACCAGAGAGUCUCCAGCAGAAUGGCUCUCUCUAUAUUCAUAUCUACUUCACCAAGAGUGGCUUUCAUCCAGACCCCAAGCGCAAGGGCCAGUAUCGCAGGCUGGCCACUGUCCAUUCCUCUCGAAUGCUGAAUAAGUUCAAGCGGAGGAAGUUUCUCAAGACCAAGAAUCUCUUGACUGGAGAGACGGAAGCAGAUCCAGAAAUGAUAAAACGUGCAGAGAGCCACGGACCUGUGGAGAUCAUUUCCCAUUGGCACCCCAACCUUACCAUCAACAUGGUGGACGACCACACAGCAUGGGUCAAAGGGUCUGUUCCCCCACCUCUUGACCAGCAUGUGAAGUUUGAUGCAGUCAGUGGAGACUAUUACCCCAUAGUCUACUUCAAUGACUACUGGAACCUGCAGAAAGACUACUACCCCAUCAACGAGACCCUGGAAAAGUUGCCCCUGCGCCUCACAUACUGCCCACUGUCCCUGUGGCGUUGGCAGCUGUAUGCCGCCCAGAAUGCCCGUUCUCCAUGGAACUUCCUGGGCGAGGAGACCUACGACCAGUCCGACGAGGACCAAGAUUCUGUAAAGGUGGCCUUGUUGGAGACCAAUCCCUAUCUGUUGGGUGUGACCAUUGUUGUCUCCAUAGUUCACAGUAUCUUUGAGUUCCUGGCUUUCAAAAAUGACAUCCAAUUUUGGAACAGCCGGCAGUCCCUGGAGGGCCUGUCCGUUCGCUCUAUCAUAUUUGGGGUGUUCCAGUCCCUAGUGGUGCUGCUCUACAUCCUGGACAACGAGACCAACUUUGUGGUGCAGGUCAGCGUGUUCAUUGGCCUGCUCAUCGACUUCUGGAAAAUCACAAAAGUCAUGGAUGUCAAACUGGACAGAGAGAACAAGAUUGCUGGAAUAAUCCCACGACUCGUAUUCAAAGACAAGUCCACAUAUGUGCAGUCAUCCACCAAACAAUAUGAUGAUAUGGCUUUCAAGUACCUGUCGUGGUUCCUGUACCCACUCUUUGGGUGCUAUGCCGUCUACAGCCUGCUGUACGUGGAGCACAAAGGCUGGUACUCAUGGGUACUAAGCAUGCUUUAUGGCUUCCUGUUAACGUUUGGUUUCAUUACCAUGACCCCACAGCUUUUCAUUAACUAUAAGAUGAAAUCUGUGGCCCACCUCCCAUGGAGGAUGCUUACCUAUAAGGCACUCAAUACUUUCAUUGAUGACCUGUUUGCCUUCGUCAUCAAGAUGCCCAUGAUGUACAGAAUAGGAUGUCUAAGAGAUGACGUAGUGUUCUUCAUCUAUCUGUACCAGCGCUGGAUCUACAGAGUGGACCCCAACCGUGUCAACGAGUUUGGCACCAGUGGAGUGGACCCAAACAGCAAGGACAGCACGGCGCAGGCCUCUGACAACGGGCCCACACCCGCUAUCACAGAGAAAGCAGAGGAGGAGAAGAAGAAUGAUUAAGCGCCCACCCAGUUCGCAUUCCCCCUUCACCCACUCAUGUGAAGGUGGAGUCCGCUUCAAGGCUAAAAUUCUGGUGUCUGUUUGCCAGGGGUGGAAACUGGAGUAUAUGGUAUUCUAUAAUUGACUGCAAAAACAACAAAAAAAAGAGAAGAAAAUUCAGUUCAACUUUGUUAUUCUUUCAUGUGGGAUCCACAGCAAAAGAAUCAUAUUUAACGUAGACUUCCUAAUUACUUUUAUUUUCCAAAAUGUUUCCAUAUUUUUGCAGUUUAAGUGAAGUAAAAAAAUGUGAUGUACUGUUUUACAUAUUGUGGGAUGGGGAUAAUGGGGAGGGGAUAGGGGUAACUAAUGAAAUAUAGCCCAUUUGAGAUGGGGAACAUAGGGUGAUCGCAGUACAUAUCAGCAAAUUAUAGAGGAAAAAAAAAACUUGCAGAAAAUACAAAGCGUCGAGCAACUUCGCUAUUUUUAUGUGGAUUCCUUGUGCUUUCUUUUUUUCCUCCAUUCCAUGUGUGAGCGCUGUGUUGUGGGGUACUGGUGAGAAAUGCAUGAGGUGAAGGGGGGAAUGGACAGGCUCCUGUGCUGGGGUGCAGUAACUGACCUGAUCCAAAUGCUACUCGCAGAAGAUUGUGACUACCCUCAUUUUUAAAACAAAAUGGUUGAUGUUCCAGACUUGAACAAAAAAAAAAAUAACAGCCUUGUAGGUAUUAAUAUAUAUUAAUAUUAUUAAUAAUGAUAACAUGAUUUUUUUUUUUCUUUGUCACUUUUUUAAUGUCCUGAAAAGUGUACAGAAUCUCAGCUUGUAAACUUAAUUGCAUUGAUGUCAAAAUUGUCUAGCAAUAGUUGAUAUGUCAGUUUCAUUGACCAGGAAUUUUGAUUUUGAAAUGUUCCUCUAUACGUUCACACUCCAUUGCAGGACCAUGUUGACCGAUAACAGAACAGCCACAUUGUUAAGUAUCAUGAGGGUUGGAAAAAGUUCACCACCCACCAUCAGGUGUAUAAGAGACAAACUGCUUGUUUUGUCUUGGUUUUAUUUUGGUGCCGUAAUUAUGAAUUGAUGGAGCUUUUAUUUUGGUACAUUAAAGUUUGAUCACUCAUGUUUAUAGUAAAGCAUAAGUGCAGUUUAAAAUGUAA